AAUGUCGGCUUUGUUAGUGUUUAUACUGUCAGUAAGUUUGGCAACGGAAGCUUUCGCUAGUUUGUGUUGCUACGCAUGUUGGUAAACAAGAGAUAUUGUACUCGUAUUGUUCGGCACGUAACUUAUAAACAUCGGAAAUAUUGAGAACAGCAGACUAACAGGGCAGGACGUGCAAGGACAACACUGAAUACGGGUUGUAAUUAGGGUUAAGUGCCACUUAAUAUGCAGAAUAUGCUCUGGCAUGACAUAUUUUACCGUUAUUGUGUAAUUAUAAGUGCUUCCUUUAGGGUCAGGCUAUUAUUACGCAAAUUUACGUUAUAGGAAAGGUCUGCAUUGGCCCCCAAAUAUGUGCGUUUAUUGCCAUGUCAUGAUUGGACGUCCUUAUUUUAGGAUAUGGCAGCUGAUGUGUAAGCUCGUAGCCUAUAGCCUACAAAUCAUCACACACACACACACACUGGAUGCUGACUGUGGAUGUGCACACACACACACACACACACAUGUGCUGAGUCUGUUUGCAUGUUGUCCACACAUUUCACUGCAGUCUCUGCAGAGUGGUUUUGAGUUUCGCUGUGCAAGAGUUGAGGUCAUCUGGACAUCGAUUUCCGCGAGCUGAUGAUGCUCUUUUAAGAGGAGAGUGACCUGCUCGAGUUUGAUUCAGGAAGUGACUUCAGGGGAGAGUUUCGUGAGGCUUUUCCUCAAAGAAUGUCAUAGUUUGAGAGUUAAAUGUAAUCUUUUGCAGCCCCAUUUCCCUGCCUUUGUUCAGAGAGUAGAGCUGCCUCAGGUGUCAUCACAUGACUUGAUUUAUCGUCAUAUGUUUGGGGAUUAUACCAUACUUAUGGUGCCUAUAUGCUCUCUCUUUGAAAUCACAUAGUUAGUCUCCGUCAUAUCUUCCAUUGUGUGUGUGUGUGUUGACUCAUCAAACCCACUCAGCUCAAGAAACGCCUGUUGAUUCACCCUCAUCUGCGUCUUCCUCUGCAUCGGCCUUUUCUUGCGCUCAUCAUACAUACAUGUACAGACAUUUUUCAGCGAGCAUUUGUCAGCUGUUGUUCUCCUUUCCCGUCUGGUUUUAAAAGACGGAGGAAGAGAAAGCACAUAACUGACACCCGAGGAGGUUCAGGUGGAUAGACACCGAUGAGCUCCAUAACUCAUCAGUCUCAUCCUCAUGUUGUCAAAAUGUAGAUAUGAAGUCAGAAACGCAUGAAAAUAAAGUUAUUAAUCACAGUAUACACAAGGAAGACAACAGGUUGUUCCAUAACCACAAAUACAACAACAAAAAUUCAAGUAUUUUUGUCAUUUGUUCCAAAAGAAAUGUCCUAAAUUGCGAGAAAUACAUAAAUGUGCAAGACUCAAAUUAGGAAGAUUGCAGUCAGAAAUUUCUUCAGUUUUUUUCAUGCAAUUUGCCAACUUUAUGCUUAAUUAUUUAAACAUAAGUUGGAUGCAAUGCGGAUGUCUCCAGAAGCGUACAGUGGAGAUGGUUUACCUAACAGUCCACAGAUAGACACACUGCUCUGCUGACGCUCACGUGCAAUUGGCUUUGGGGGGGAAACGGAGAGGCAUCAAAAGGGGGUGUGUGUGUGUGUGUGUGUGUGUGUGUGUGUGUGUGUGUUGCAGAGAUAGGACCACCACAUGGAUGGCACGACUUGUCCUUAACAUUAAGUAUCUGUUAAAUACCAAAAAGGUAUUAGAGUAGCCUAUAAGAUCUGGAAUGUCUUCUUGUAUUUUACGCGUUUAACAUUUUAGAACUUGGUACCAAACCUCAGGUGUUGUUUUUCCAACCAGCAAAUGCACUCAGCUGCCAGUUUAUUAGGCACAGCUGGCUCAAACUAAAUGCAACAGUCCUGCAAUCAAUCCUCCCUCCAUGAAGGUUAUAAUGUUCAGUGUUUGGUGAAUCCCUGGUAGAAGAGACGAUCGCUGCAGAUCAGGCAGAGAAAGAGUUAAUUGCCUUGAAUGUUUGCGAGAGAGAGAGAGAGAGAGAGAGUAAAGAGUGAGGAAGACAGACAGAGAGAGAGAUGGAAAGCCGGAGGAAGAGGAGAGAGACACGGCUGGCUGCAGUCUCUGCCUCGUGAUGGCGUCUUCAGCGUCGGUUUGUUUACAUCCAUCGGCAGCAGACGUCCUCGGAAUUUCUUGCUGAGGUCAAUUGCAAAGCGAUGCGGUGCUAGUUUUACCAACAAGUCGCUGCUGCUGUGGUGCGAUUUCAGUAACUUGUAGCCUGUUUUACUACCGAGUGUCAGCGCAGUGCACAGGAAGGUGUGCUGUGGGUUCUACUUUCUGAUGAAAAGGCUGCCUGGUAAAUAUACGAGCAUGUGCCCGUUUGUGUGACACAUUGAGCUUUGUUUCUUUUUUUUUCCUGUGAUGUUAAACAGAUGCUCUUAUGAUGGCCUCUCAUGCAAACCAGAGACAUGAAGCAGACCUGUUAGACAGCACGUUAGCAUGCUUUCAUUCUUAAAAGAGAAACCUGUCUUUUCUAAAGAAACGAUGUGACUUAAUUGAGGUGACUCAUUGGUCGGAGUCACCGCUUUUGUCUCCUCAUUAGCUGAUGCCCACAUCCUCCGACCAGACGAGGUCAUGGUGACUCACAACAAACUAAAUCUGGCAUAUCGUUUAGCCAUAAAAUCUUAUUUUUAACAAAGACACAAUACCAAUUCUAGCUGGGUUUAAUAGUUUCACUUUUCACUUGUUUGACUCAAGUAACAACACCUUGAAAUACAGCAAAUAUCAUCACUUUGUUCCAGAGCAGACUGAAAUGUUUCAACAGUAAUUGGAUUGUUGUAUGAUAUUGAUUACAGGCAUUCGUGUCCCUUUAGGAUCGAUUUUAAAAUCCUCUGACUUUUCAUCUUGAGGUCAAAAGUUGGUGUAAAUUCCAAAUACCUGCGAAUUGAUUGACAUUCGCUGGGCAACAUUCGAUACCAUUGAUUACUUCCCUCGUGUUGUGGGAAGUGGUGCUUGCAGUUUUCUCUCAGAGCGAGUCAAAGAGAGACUGGACCCUGACUGUCAGCUCACGUCUGCUUUAAACAGAUUCAGACAGUUUUAUCUUCUGAUCCAGCGCUCCGUUCUGUUUCCAGGUAUGGUCAGUGGCAGGAAUCCCCCAAAGUAGACAGACGGUACGGAUAUAUUUCUGAAUGUGUCGAUGCAGCAGCCACAUAUAAUAAUGCAGCCACAGCCAGGUGUUUGUGCAACAGGCUAAAAACAGACUGAAGGCUGCUGCUGUCGGCCAGACCGACUCCUUCAAGACACUUCCUGAAACAACAGAAGGAAAUUGUGAACUUCUGCUAGCCGGUCCUCACUGAACCUUGUCAGCUCACUUCCUCUUCUCCUUCUUCCAAUAGACUAGAGGACGACCGACUUUCUGGAGCAGCCGUGGAUCUACGCAGAAAGAGGGUCACCUCACAUGGGAGUGUGUGACGGUGUGUGUGAGGGUGUGUCUUCAGGCCUCCUGCCGUCGCCCGCUCGUCCCAGACAGGCAUGGCGGGGGUCCGAGAGCGCGGCGAGCGCGGCUCCCGCAUACAGAGGCCGUGGUCGGUGUACCGGGCCAACACAUUCGAGCUGUCCAGCGAGAUGAUCGGCUUGGCUCUCGCAGGAAACAGUCAGGACCCAGAUGAGCCUGUGCUUGAGUUCAGUGUGGCCUGCACAGACCUGCUGACUCCUGCUCUGGAUCGAAAACCCAACAGCUUUGUAGCAGUGAGCUGCACGACACCACCGCAGGCCUUCUGGACCAAACACGCCCAGACCGAAGUCAUCGAGGGCACCAGUAACCCCAUCUUCCUCAGCAGCAUCGCCUUCUUCCAGGAGUCCAACAUCAACCAGCAGACGCAGGUGAAGGUGGCCGUCUACGACGUCAAGGACCGCUCGCAGGGCACGAUGUAUUUGUUGGGCUCGGCACUUUUUCCUGUUAAAGAGUUGUUGCAAGAGAGGAGCCACAGGUUACAGCUCGAACUGAGAUCAGCAGAGAACCAGCGGGUGGGGAACAUCACCAUAGCUGCCUGGCAGAUGGAGGAGACAGCGGAUCAGAGGAUGUCGGUCAGCCGCCUGCCAGACAGCAUCAACGGACGGACGAUGCUGCCUGUUGACGAGAGCCUCACCGAGUCCAUGGGAGUCCGGAUAAAGUACGCCUCGCUAUGCAAAGACACCCUGCUGCGCUCAGUGUUUGGAGGCACGAUGUCCAGGAUGUACCGCUUCCCCACGACUGAUGGGAACCACCUACGGGUGCUGGAGCAAAUGGCUGAGAGCGUCCUGUCACUAAACAUCCCCAGGCAGUUCGUCAAACUGCUGCUGGAGGAGGACGCGGCCAGGGUGUGUGAGCUGGAGGAGCUGGGAGAGUUGUCCCCCUGCUGGGAGAAUCUGAGGCGACAGAUUGUCUCUCAGUACCAGACCAUAAUACUCGCAUACCAGGAAACACUGUCAGACCUCACUGACUACAGAGGUCCAUCGUUCAAAGCCAGUAACCUGAAGGCAGAGAGGAAGCUUGAGUUCAUGCCGACCAACCUACACGUGCAGAGGAUGAGGGUUCAGGACCAGCUGGGCUUCGAACACACGUACGACGUGAUAACAAUCGGAGCUCCGGCGGCUCACUGCCAGGGCUUUAAAAACAGCGGUUUGAGGAAACUUAUUCAGAAGUUUGAGGAGGCAAAGAAACACGUUUAUGAGGAGGAAUGCAGCGCCCUCUCCAGCUCACAGUCCAUCGUCUACAUACCUCAGGACAUCGUCCGAGCCAAAGAGAUCAUCGCCCACAUCAACACGCUGAAGACUCAAGUCAGCUACUACGCAGAAAGGCUUUCCCGAGCCGCCAAGGACCGAUCUGCCAGCGGACUAGAGAGGACGCUCGCUAUUCUGGCUGAUAAGACUCGUCAGUUGGUGACGGUAUGCGACUGUAAGCUGCUGGCUUCAGCCAUUCAGGCCCUGAACGCAGCACGGCCCGAGUACAUCGCCUCCAAAGGGUCUCCCUCCGCCGACUCGGAACAAGUAGUCCUGCGCAACGACCAGGACACGCUGCUCGCCAAGUGGAGCGGUUCCAACAGCCGUACGUCGCUGCACGCAGACUGGCACGAAGAGGAGUGGGAGAAGGUUUGGGUGAAUGUGGAUAAGUCUCUGGAGUGCAUCAUCCAGCGUGUGGGCAAGCUGCUUCAGAAGGAGAGGAGGCCCAGCGUCAGCAGUCAGGACAGUACCCAGUCUGACCUGCAGGGCGGCGCCUGUAAGAAAGAUGAAGGAAAAAGACGAGCUUUCUGGAUCAACCCAGCAAGUACAUCACAGGAAUCUCCAUCAUCAUCAUCAUCAUCACCUCCACCAUCCUCUUCCUCUCUACCUGCUCUUUCCUCUGCACAGGAGUUCUAUGGAAGCCCCAGUGCUGAGGAGGCGUACCCAGGCGAGUGGAGCGAGGCCUUGUUUCCUCUCCUCACCACGCUCACAGAGUGCGUCGCCAUGAUGAGCGACAAGGCCAAGAAGUCCAUGGUGUUCCUGCUGAUGCAGGACAGCGCCCCGACGAUAGCCAUGGACCUGUCGCUGCAGUACCGCCGCGACGUCGUCUUCUGCCAGACGCUCACCGCUCUCAUCUGCGGCUUCAUUAUCAAACUGAGGAACUGUCUGCGUGAUAACGGAUUCCUCCGACAGCUGUACACCAUCGGCCUGCUGGCUCAGUUUGAGUCCCUGCUCAGCACCUACGGAGAGGAGCUGGCCAUGUUGGAGGACAUGAGUGUCGGCAUCAUGGAUCUACGCAACGUCACCUUUAAGGUGACCCAGGCCACUGGCAGCUCCGCCCCCGACAUGUUGCCGAUCAUCACGGGGAACCGGGACGGCUUCAACGUCCGCAUCCCGCUCCCGGGAACCAUGUUCGACGCUUUGCCGCGGGAGAUCCAGAGCGGCAUGCUGCUGAGGGUGCAGCCGGUGCACUUCAACGUCGGCAUCAACGAGCAGCAGACGCUGGCUGAGAAGUUUGGAGACACAUCGCUGCAGGAGGUCAUCAACUUGGAGAGUCUCUCCAGGCUAAAUUCAUACUAUGAACAGUUCAAAGAAGUCCUGCCUGAGGACUGCCUCCCGAGGUCUCGUUCUCAGACUUGUCUCCCUGAGCUGCUGAGGUUUCUGGGGCAGAAUGUCCACGCCAGGAAAAACAAGAACGUGGACAUCCUCUGGCAGGCAGCCGAGAUCUGCCGCCGGCUGAACGGGGUUCGUUUCACCAGCUGCAAAAGCGCCAAAGACCGCACGGCCAUGUCGGUGACCCUGGAGCAGUGCCUGAUCCUGCAGCACGAGCACGGCAUGGCGCCGCAGGUCUUCACGCAGGCCCUCGACUGUAUGCGCAGAAUUGGGACGAGGGAGGGGGUGAUCCAGAAGAACCUGAGCGGCUUGCUGCCGGUGCGUGACUUCCGGCUGGACCCCAGCCUCCUGUACUCGCUGCCCCUGCUGGCCCUCAGCCCGAACCUCCUGGUGGUGUGGAUCUUCCUCAGCGUGGCCUAUUUCCUGGCCAAACUCCGCUGCAGCUGAACGGCCACGAGCUGCUCUCUCUGCUGGGAGCGACUGGCUGAAAACACAGUCCAGCGUUUAUGGGGAGGGGUGGGAAAACUCCUCACUCCGAUGCUGUACAGCAUGUACAAACUGUCCCACCCUGACCCGGGGCUUUACGCAAUGACGCCCCAUUUAUCAACAGCAAAACCCCGCCUCUCAUUUUGGUUUUGUUUAUAUCAACACAGAUAUUAUGAUUUGCUUUUUGAGACGGCUCUUGGUGUCCACACUGUCGGUGACUGCUCUGCCUUAUUCUUCAUUCGCUGACAACAAAAUACAAAAAACACAAAGUGACAGUUUGCAAAUUUCUGAAACACCUUGUUGUGAAUAUGUAUAAAACAAAUAUGCAGGUUAAAUAUAUAUAUCUUGCUUUCAGGAAAUGGUUGUUCAUGAUGGUAGCUAUUAUAAUAGAAAUCUAUUUGUCUUCGUUUGUGCAAUUUGUUUGGCUUGUUUGAUUCAUCAUCGUCUUCCAUGUGCUUCUGCACCUUAUAAGCUAAAGUGGAGCGAAAAAAAGCUUUUAUUUUGUGCCAAAAUUAAGUACGCUGACACAUACGUUUAUAUAUAUAUAUAUAUUUGUAUAUAUUUCCAGGCAGUAUUUGCUGAUUUUAUUCCUUUAGGUCUUCCUGCUUUUUUAGACAGGAGGUAUUUUACCUCUUCAGCUUGUGCACUUUCCAGCAGCUCUGGGUCAGUUGUGACUCUGUUUACAUGCAGCUUAAUAUAUCCAUCUUGACUCAAACUUUACCCUUCAGUGGGUUUAAAAAAAGGAAUCAACAGUAUUUCCUCUCCUCUUCUCCGAACCCCUCUAUUUAAUUGGCUCAAAUGUUUUAAAUACUUUGCAUACCUUGUGCAUCAGUCUUGUGACAACAUGCAUGACCCUUUUUAAAGACGAGGAAUGCUGUGAUUGAAGUAUUUUCCUGUGUAGCAAGGUUGUAGCAGAAACAAAUCCGCCCUUCCUGUGUCGGCUAAUCCACCGAGACAGGACCUGCAGCACUCUUUGGACCGUCUCCAUAGAUCUGUAGUGAGGGUCAGUGUGUUAGUCAUGGGUUCAGUUCAUCUCUAAAAGCACAGACAUGGUUCACGUAGUCUGUGCUUUCAUGCUUUUCACUCCCUGAGUCGAGUGUUUUGCUGUCACCUGUCUUAAAGGCCAGCGACGGCGCUUUUUGGGCGCUUAAAUUGGUCCCAUUGUGCCGCAGCAGAAGUCAGAGAUUCAACCCACAUCUGUUAAGAUCAGCUCCGUCUCGCCAAAUGACAGAGCGGAACAUUUGUUUUUAAGAACGCAGUUUCUAAUUGGCUGAUGUUGGAAUGUAUGAUUGUAGGAUAUCCAGGGGAAAUGUGCUUGAUUAUGCAGAGUAGUACUGUUGGUUCUACGCCCUUCAGAGCAUGUACGUGGACCAGUUUACAUUCAUUCAGAUGUUAACUUAAACUGGUACAGAUUGCAGCUAUAACAGUUGAUAUUAGCUUUAAAGAACCGAGUUCUGUCGAGUGGAGGAACUGAUUUUAUUUGUAGUUGAGCGGUGAGAUAAACAAACGAGGAAUGUAUCGUUGUGCCAAAUGCUUUAUGAGGUUUUUAACCGAUUAAUUCAGGUUUGUCGAAAGUCAUUAUUAUAUUAUUAUACAGUUAGAGAAGUCUUGUUUCCCAGCUGCUCCAAUAACAGCACCAACCGUGUUUGACCUGAUAGACAUAUUAUAUUACAGAACAGGUUCGGUUGUGACUGCAGAAGCCAAGAGUUUCUUUUCACGUUGAAAACCUGCUUUGUAAAAAUCAAUAUCUUCGCCUGUGAAGCUAAACUAAAGCGUCGGUCUCCUCUCCAGAGUUCCGAGGCUCCGUCUCAUUAACAUCGACCCAGUAAGGAAAUGGAUCAGACCAAGAAUAGCCUCCUUUGGGAGUGUGGCCUCCUCUCGUGACCCCGAACAGCUCAAACAUACAGUAUAAUGCUCCGUGAGGUCUGACAUACAGUAAUGACCCUUUUCUGCAGCGCUUGUUUUUGUCGCUCAGUAGAAGCACACGUUUGUCGUAAAUUCUCACGUUGUGUAUCUUAAGCGCUUAAUCCUAAAAGGAACAUUUCCUAAAAUGUUAAACUACUUCUUUAACUUCUAAUUCAUGAUAGUUUUAUUUAACUUUUUAUUGCAGGAAAUGUUUAAUCUCGUCGCUCCAGUUUAGAACUACCUCUGUGAGACAGAAGUUAUACGUUAGAGUUUAUUUAGAAUAAGUAUAUAUUAAUACAUAAAUACAUCUAAUACAAAUGUGUAAUUACAUAAUCGCUGAGCAGCAGGGAUGUGAAAGAAUGGGAAUUAUUCACUGAUCAUUAAUUCCCCAUACUUGCAUGUGUGAUUACACUAAAGUGCUUCCUUAGAAUAUUAAUUAUUAUUGUUGUAUCAUUGACCUGAAAGAGAAACAUCUUUUUCUUUUCUUUGUUUUUGUUUUAUUCUUAAGAAUCCAGAUGUAUCAGAGAAUAUAUUUGUAUCGCUGUACAUAAGUUGUAUUUUAUGUAUUGCCAAAACGUUUGCUAUAUAUUGUCUUCAAUUAUUCCAAAGCAGAUUAUGUAUAAAUAAUCUAUAUAAUAUUAUGCUUGUGCCAUAACCGCCACUUUAUACCACAGUUCAGUACGUCUUGUUUAAAAUGCAGAUUUAUUUGUUUCUGUUUAUUCUGACUAUUGAUUUGAAUACUUCUCAUGCUAAACUGUUGACAUAACAACAAUUUGCACUUUGCUCUGAGUCCUCCUGUUUACAUUAUAAAUGAUAUAACAGGUCAUUUAUAAUGGUCACAUUUAACAAAUGCUGUGUUAUUUCCUUCAGUGCAAUGUGAAAAUUCAAAGCUUUAUUUAAAAGAACAGCAUUUUUUCAGUCUGUCAAAUGUGAUUUGAACACAAAGUGUGGAGGAGAGGUUGUAGGGGAAUAUUCUUAAAGGUAUUUUAAUUCUAAAAUCUGAUUUUUGUUUUGGUGUCAAAAGUUUGAUCCCGGUUCAGGAAACUGUUCGCUUCUUCUCCUCUGAGACUCUGCACUGUUGCUCUAAAUGUACAAAAAACCUGCAGUCAGUGUGUCCCUGAACGCCACAGCCCUGCAGUAAUAAACGUCCUGUGCCUCCUCCUGCAGAA